AUGGACAAAAAGUGUAUUGUUGUAGUACAGGAAGACAAAACACAGGACAUUGUAUGGACAGACGUGAUGCUUUUGAAACUUUCUGCAGAGAAGUCUAACCACACUGCAGAUCUUGACACUGGCUCUGCUUUAGUCCUGACUAUUGAAAGCACGUUAAUCACUGCCUGCUCCUCAGAGUCUUUAGUUAGCAAAGGUCAUUUUAAAAACUUCUGCAUCCGCUUUGCUGAUGGCUUUGAGACAAGCUGGGAUGACUGGAAACCAGAAAUAAGAGGAGAUCUAGUCAUGAAUGCAUGUGUUGUGCCAGACGGUACAUAUGAAGUAUGUUCUAGGACAACAGGACAGGCUGCGGCAGAAAGUAGUAGUGCAGGAACCUGGACACUGAAUGUGUUAUGGAAGAUGUGUGGUAUUGAUGUCCACAUGGAUCCAAACAUCGGGAAAAGACUGAAUGCUUUAGGCAACACCCUCACAACGUUGACGGGAGAAGAAGAUAUUGAUGAUAUUGCUGAUCUCAAUUCUGUAAACAUAGCUGACCUUUCAGAUGAGGAUGAAGUUGACACAAUGUCUCCCACUAUACAUGCGGAGAUUGUUGAUCACCGACGGCAGGGAGCUUCUAGUAUCCAAACUGGAGAACAGCGAGGAAGAAAAUUUGUGAAACGUUUAGUCGAUAUUAGAGAGCUCAAUGAGCAAGCUAAAGUUAUUGACGACUUAAAAAAAUUAGGUGCCAGUGAAGGAACUAUAAAUCAAGAAAUUCAGCGCUAUCAGCAACUGGAGUCGGUGGCUGUGAAUGAUAUCCGCCGAGACGUUCGUAAAAAGCUACGUAGAUCCAGUAUGAGGGCUGCCUCAUUGAAAGACAAAUGGGGUCUCAGCUACAAACCCAGCUAUAGCCGAUCUAAGAGUAUUUCAGCAUCAGGAAGACCACCUCUGAAGAGAAUGGACAGAACAAGCUCUCGACUAGGAGACAGUGAAGACCUCCCAGAUAUCCGUGUAGAUGCUGCAUCUCCUGGGCCAAGAGUAACUUUCAACAUACAGGAUUCUCCUGAAGAAGGACGCCGGGAUGACAGCUUAUCAUCAAGCAGUGAGGACUCUGAGAAGGAGGAUGACCAUGAAAGAGAGAGGACGCAUUUUUAUAGGAAACCACCGAGUACCUCUCGCAAGAAAGCAACAGGCUUCGCUGCCGUCCACCAACUGUUCACUGAGCGCUGGCCAACAACACCUACCAACAGAAGCGUGACUGGCACAACCACAGAGAGAAAUAUUGACUUUGAGCUUGAUAUCAGGGUUGAAAUUGAUUGUGGAAAAUGUGUACUGCACCCUACAAUGCUUCAGCAAGAACAUGAUGACAUUAGUUUACGAAGGAGUUAUGAUAGGAGUUCCAGAAGUUUGGAUCAAGAGUCUCCUUCAAAAAAGAAGAAAUUUCAAACUAAUUAUGCAUCUACUACUCACUUACUUGCUGGCAAGAAAGUGCCGUCAUCUCUACAGACAAAAUCUAGUGAUGUGGAAACAACUGUGUUUUAUAUUCCUGGGGUGGAUGUAAAGUUGCACUACAACUCUAAGACUUUAAAGACUGAAUCGCCAAAUACUUCUCGAGGAUCCUCUUUGCCAAGAACCCUUUCCAAAGAGUCCAAGCUGUAUGGUAUGAAAGAUACUGCCACAUCUCCUCCUUUAUCUAGCACUAUCCACAGCAAGACUAACACCUUACUUCCUCCCCAAACCCCACCCAUCCCAUCAGCCAAAGGAAAAGGAAGUGGUGGAGUGAAAACUGCUAAACUGUAUGCAUGGGUUGCACUCCAGUCGUUGCCGGAGGAAAUGGUGAUUAGUCCAUGCUUACUGGACUUCCUAGAGAAAGCUCUUGAAACCAUUCCCAUUACACCCAUCGAAAGGAAUUACACAGCUGUUAGUUCACAGGAUGAAGACAUGGGACAAUUUGAUAUACAAGAUCCCUUAGAAGAGUCCACAACGUCAUUAGUAUCGUCCUCGACAUCAGCAUAUUCAUCCUUCCCUGUAGAUGUGGUGGUUUAUGUACGAGUUCAGCCCUCUCAAAUCAAGUUCAGUUGCUUGCCCGUAUCAAGAGUUGAAUGUAUGCUGAAGUUGCCUUCCUUGGAUCUUGUUUUCUCUUCAAACCGAGGAGAACUGGAAACAUUAGGCACAACAUACCCAUCAGAAAGUUUGUCAAUCGGUGGCAAUACUUCACAGAGUGGCUCAAAGAAUUCAGUUAGUAAAUCUGGAGCACCAGGUUCAUCACCUGGACUAGGCAGCCCUCUUGGCAGAACACGGCACAGCAGCAGUCAGUCAGACUUGACUACUUCUAGUAGCAGCUCUUCCGGCCUGAGCUUUACCGCCUGCAUGUCCGACUUUUCCCUUUACGUGUUCCAUCCAUAUGGAGCUGGAAAACAGAAGUCUGCUGUUACCGUUCUAACCCCUGGAUCAGGAGCCUUAGGUAAUGUGGAUGAGGAACCAACUUCGGUCACUGGCCGGAAGGAUUCUUUGAGCAUUAACCUUGAGUUUGUGAAAGUCAGCCUGUCACGAAUAAGGCGUUCAGGAGGUUCCUCAUUUUUUGAGAGUCAGUCUGCGAGCAAAGCUACCAGCAAGAUAGAUACUACAUUGAUAAACAUAUCUGCUGUCUGUGAUAUAGGAUCUGCUUCUUUUAAAUACGAUAUGCGCCGACUGAGUGAGAUUCUAGCCUUUCCAAGGGCUUGGUACAGGAGAAGCAUUGCUAGGCGGCUUUUCCUAGGUGAUCAAACAAUAAAUCUGCCAGCAUCGGGUCCUGGAACACCUGAUUCAAUUGAAGGGGUAAGCCAGCAUCUUUCUCCUGAAUCGUCACGGAAAGCAUAUUGUAGGACAUGGGAGCAGCCCUGCCAGUCUGCUUCGUUUACACAUAUGGCACAGUCACCUAAUGUUUUUAGUGAACAUAACGCAAGCAGCAGUAUGUCACCUGGGACAGCAUCUCAUAGCUUAAAGUCUCCAGCUGUUACGAGAUCCAGGAGCGUGUCUGACUCUUCAGUGCCUCAGAGAGAUACUCUCUCAAAAACAUCAACUCCAUUUAAUAAGUCAAAUAAAGCUGGAAGCCAGCAAGGAACACCAUGGGAAACACUGGUUGUAUUUGCUAUGAACCUAAAACAAUUAAACGUUCAAAUGAAUAUGAGCAAUGUAAUGGGCAAUACUACGUGGACUACCAGUGGUUUGAAAAGCCAGGGUCGUCUAUCUGUGGGUAGUAGCAGAGAUCGGGAAAUUAGCAUGUCUGUUGGUUUGGGAAGAUCACAGUUGGACUCCAGAGGGGGAGUUGUUGGAGGUACCAUAGAUGUUAAUACCCUGGAGAUGGUGG